AUGACAACUACAACAAAUAUUUCAUCGAAUUCAGUUAGUUUUUUACCAUUAAAAACAUCAAUACAACAAACAGCAUGUAACACAUGCAAACGUCUUCUAUAUUCAUUUGAAGAAAUCCUUGUUUGUCGUGUUUGUCAUGAUUCGUAUCAUUGGCGUUGUGUGAAACCUGAAACGGUUAUUCACUAUGGUGAAAAUGAAAAUUAUAUUUGUGAUAAAUGUAAUGGCGGUAUAACAACUAGUCCAUCUGAUCGAAUCACAAAUGGUGGUAUUAAAUUUGAAUCAACUGAUUCUUCUAUUCCAGAUUAUCGAGAUGUUGCUAAUAUACCAUCAAAAACCAAUUCAACAGAAACAAAUGUUCUUAAUACUAUUCGAUAUUUUGAAGAAAAACAACAACAAUCUCAGACAAAUAAAACAACGAAAGUAUCUGAACUUAAUGGUUAUCUUCCAUUACCAACUAAUGAAAGAGAAUAUCAUCAGCAUAAUGGUCAAUACAGCGAUGGCAGUCGAACAACUCAACGAAUUCAACAACAAACAUAUAACGGAAUAGAAAGUGACAACGAAAACGAUACAACAGCAAUGUUUCAAGCUAAUUACCAAUACACUCCUCUUAAAGAAUAUGCUGCACUGAGAGGUAGUCAAACAACAAAUGAUAAAUAUACAAAUGGUUGUCAAAAUAUUGACGUUCGUCAAACAACAUCUCGUUAUGGUGGUGGUUUACGUUAUUCAAAUCAUGGUUAUGAUCCAACAGUUUCACGUCUUGUUGAAGCUCCCAUAACUGAUGGACCACAUUUUGUAACUCCAAUAACUAAUAAUUUACCAAAUCAUAAUCGUGAACAACAUUUUGUUAGUACAACUAAUUUAAAUAUUAAUGAAAAAGAGUUUCGUCGUCAACAACAGCAACAGCAACGACAACAAAGCUCUCUUACUGAUGCAGCUCCAUAUAUAUCUCAAAUUCGUCAUGAUUAUCCAUCAAUAUUUAAACCUUCAACUCAAGAACAACAACAACAACAACAACAACAACAACAACAACAACAACAACAACAACAACAAGAGUGUCAGACAACAGUUGGUAGUAAUUCAGGUAUUCCUAUGGCUCAUUCAAAUUCUCAACAGCAACAACAAUCGAAUGAAAAUCAAGCAGUUGAAAGAAAAUUAACGACUUUAGUUCAACAAUUAGGAAAACAAUUAGAAGAUGAUGCACAAAAAAUCAAUGAAAAAUUAGAAUUAAAAUUAAAAAAAUUUGAAGAUAUGAUUAAUCAACAAACAUAUGUUAUUCGACAACAAGAUGAAGUUAUUGAACGUUUAAAAAGUAAAAUACUUAAAAUUGAAACAGAACGUGAUCAUUUUCGUGAUCGUUUAAAUGUACAUGAACAACGUGAACAAGGUGACAAGAAAAAUUUUACAACAAAUCAAACAGAUAAAUCUUAUAAUCAACCUGUUAAUAAUGAACAAGAUAAUGAAUUAAAUAAAAAAUAUUCAGAUACAUCAACAAGUACUACAGACAAUACCAAAUUAUCAACGAAAAAGGCUGCUGCACCACGUGUCGGUAAUCGAUGGUCAGCAACUAAUAAGCAGAAUGAACCAAUGAGAGCUCAACUUGUGAAAAAUAUUUCAACUAAUCGAGAACGAGAUGCAUUUGAAUCUUCAUCAGCUCCAACAGGUCCUUUAAUUGAAAUACCAGCUGCAUCAAAUCGUCUUGAUAAUAUAAUUCAUCAAUCAAAUGGAGGAGAUCUAACACAUCGAUCAUCAUCAAAUUAUAGUUUAGCUCAAGUUCGUCGUCAAGAUCGACCACGAAUUCUUGAACCUGUUACAAUGGAAAAACAACAAAUUGUAACAAGUGUUCAUAAUAAUACGGUAAAACAACAACGAUCAAAUGUGUCAUCAUCACCAUCAUCAUCAUCAUCAUCAUCAGCAUCAAGUCCACCAAAUUCAAGAAAAUCACCUGUUAAAAAAUCUAAUGCAAUAUCAACAAAAACAAGUGAAAGUUCAAAUAUUCAUCGAAGUUUAGAAUCAUUACCAAAUACAUAUAAAAAUAAUCAAGGUGCGAGAUUAACGAAUAAAGCAUCUUCACUUGAAUUCGGUACAAGACCGGUGCAAUAUGAUGAUUUAGGAUCAACUUAUAUAACACCUAUUGAAGGAAGUCAAUCAGCUAUCCAAUCAAAUGGUUUUAUUAAAGGAUGGCUUCGAAAACAAAAUCGAGAUUCAUUUUUAAAACGAAUUGAACGUUAUUAUUGUGUUUUAAGAGGAGAUACAUUCUUAAUGUAUCGACAUGAGCACGAUAGAAUACCACAUAAAACAAUACAACUUACAGGUGCAAAAGUACUUCUUUAUGAUGAUUCUAAAUAUGGUCCAUCACUUGAAUUAACUUGGACAAAUCAAUCAGAUGAAAUUAAACACUAUCAUUUAUAUGUUUCUAAUGCACAAGAAGCUGAUGAAUGGGUAACUGGUAUUCAAACAGCAAUAUACAGUAUAGAACAAAGUAUGAUAUAUUAUUUUAUUUGUAUUAUAUAUCGAAAAAAAUUUCUAUUUAAUAGGAGAUUUUCAAUAAAAAAAAAUCAUUGGCGUCCAUAUCAUCUAAAUGCAUAA